AUGGCUCACGGCACCAACCACGGGAAGCUGCUCCUGCAACGCUUGCAUCAGCAGCGGGAAAUGGACUUCCUCUGCGACGUCACCAUCAUGGUGCGAGACGUGGAGUUCCGGGCUCACCGCAACAUCCUGGCGGCGUUCAGCAAAUACUUCUCCUCGCAGGCCGAGAAGGGCCAGGACGUCACCACCUUGGACCCAGACAAAGUCAGCCGUUAUGCGUUGGAGAAGCUGCUGGAGUUUGUCUACACAGGACAGAUGAACCUUAGCAGCACCCGACAAGCUGCAGUCCGCCGAGCCGCCAUUUACCUGGGAAUGUCCGACGCCACGAAGUAUCUGGAAGAAAUUUCCCACUUUUCCGAAGUCAGCGAGGCGUCCCAGCCCGAGUUGGACAAAGAGGCAGGCGUUUCUUCGCUCAGUCCAAGCACCCCCCACAGUAAUCAUUCCCCCGUCCCGCUAUCCAUCGUCUCUGUGACGGGAACGUGGGCGGAUGAGGCCCCUGAAGUUCCGCAAAACCAGGAAGGUCAGGAAAACCAGGAAUGCCCCGAUGGUCAAGAGAGCGAAGCCGCCGCCUUGGACUUGGAUUCAGGAAUUCCGGGGUGCGAGCUCGUGGAGCCCAGCAACACGGUCGACGAGACCACUCCGCAAACGGUCAACAGGGGGAGGGGCCGGGGGCGCGGGCGAGGUCGGGGCAGGGGACGGGGAAGAGGAGGGAGAACUGUCGUUAAGACUGAAGAAGACCUCCAGGAAGAUUCCGACACCAGCGUCAAGGACUUCGGGGAUACGUCGGCCGACUGGAGCCCCUCGCGGGAAGAACCGCCCGCCAAGAGGCCCCGUUUCGGGGGGCGCGGCCGAGGCCGAGGUAGGGGCCGGGGGAGAGGCCGCGGCAGAAGCAAACCGGACGACGAGGACGACUUUAGUGGCGAGGAAGGGGCAGAGGGCGGAGAGAAGGACCCUGCGGCCAGCGCUGAAGACACAACACGCUCCUGCAUUGAGUGCAACAGGGUGUUCAAAGAUGCGGCCAGUCUGCGCAGACACGAGCAGAUCCACGCCGGCCUCAAACCCUUCGUCUGCAUCUUCUGCUCAAAAACUUUCAGGCAGGCCACGCAGCUCAAAACUCAUCUGCGCACGCACACAGGAGAGAAGCCCUUCAGCUGCGCCAACUGCGAAAAGUGUUUUGGGCAAAAAUGCCAGCUGGUGGCCCACCGCCGCAUGCACCAUGGUGAGGAGAAGCCGUACACCUGCGAGCGCUGCGGCUUCAAAUUCGCCACUUCGUCCAACUACAAAAUCCACGUCAGGCUCCACAGUGGUGAGAAGCCAUACGUGUGCGAUGUGUGCGGCCAGGCCUUCGCCCAGUCCAGCACUCUCACCUACCACAAGCGGCGGCACACGGGCGAGAAGCCAUAUCAGUGUGACCUGUGCGGCAUGUCCUUCUCCGUCUCAUCCUCGCUUAUCGCUCACGCACGCAAGCACACAGGCGAAACGCCGUACAAAUGCACCCACCCGCAGUGCGAGAGCAGCUUCGUCACGUCAUCUGAACUAAAGAAGCACAUGCGGCGUCUCCACCCGGAUGGAACCAACGGCGUGCAGUGCCUGCUUUGUGGGAAUCGCUUCGCCAGCGUGAAGAAUAUGAUCAAACACCAGGAGAAGGCGCACGCCGACGAAGUGCGACAACACAAAGAAAGAGCGCGGGCCGUGGUCAUGCUGGCAUCCAGCCAUCCGGUAGCUUUUGUGCAGAGCAAACUGAGCAAAGACGGCAAGAGUCUCAGCUCCAUACCAGAAACGGAGCCGGCCAACCCGGAACCGGCCAUGCCUCAGGCCGCCGGCGAAAGCGAAGGGAGCGUUGCCGGCAGCGGCCCGUCUGACGCCGUCGCCCUGAGCGACACGCUGCAAGAGUUGAAGGUGGAACCCAGCCACACUCCCAUCAACCGAGCCGACACGGGGGCCUUCGAAGCGGACCCAGUGUCCACCAUCAACUCGGAAACGCUGCAUGCUCUGGUGGAGCAGCUGAGGCCGCCACCAUCGCCGGCGCAAAGUCUGGAGCAGAUCGUCAUCAUCCGCACGGUGGACAACACGGAACACAACGCGCAGCCACCGACUCAGUGA